AUGAACGAUCCCUCUUUACUAGGCUAUACCAACCUGGGCCCACAGCAGCAGCAACAGCCGCAGCAGCAGCAACAGCACGCCGGGCUACUGGGAAAGGGUACACCGAACACUCUGCAGCAGCAGCUGCACAUGAACCAGCUCUCCGGCAUGCCUCCUCCCGGGCUGAUGGGCAGCAACGACGUGCACACUCCUGCUAACAACAACUCGCGCCAGUUACUCGAUCAAUUGGCCAACGGGAACACAAACAUGCUCAAUUUGAGCAUGGACAACAACAACAACAACAACAACAGCAACAGCAACAACAACAAUAGCAGCGGAAUGGUGAUGAACGCUCCCACGGCCACGGCCACGGCCAACCCUCUAGGGAUGAUUCCGACAGUGGGCACCCCCGUUAACCUCAACGUGAACGCCAGCAACCCUUUACUACACCCGCACUUGGAUGACCCUUCGCUACUGAACAAUCCCAUCUGGAAGCUUCAAUUGCAUCUGGCUGCGGUGUCCGCACAGUCCCUGGGGCAGCCCAACAUUUACGCUAGGCAAAACGCAAUGAAGAAGUACCUAGCCACGCAACAGGCGCAACAGCAAGCACAACAACAGGCGCAACAACAAGCCCCGGGCCAAAUCGGCCCCCCACCUCAAAUCCCACCACCGGCCUUGCAGCCCACCGAUUUCCAGCAGUCUCACAUCGCAGAGGCCUCGAAGUCACUGGUCGACUGCACUAAGCAGGCCCUGAUGGAGAUGGCCGACACUCUCAUCGACGGUAAGACAGCAAAGAAACAGCAGCCUACGGGGGACAGCACACCCUCUGGCACUGCAGCCAACAGCGCCGUGUCCACGCCGUUGACCCCGAAGAUAGAGCUGUUUGCCAACGGCAAGGAUGAGGCCAACCUGGCGCUCUUACAGCACAAAAAACUGUCCCAGUACAGCAUCGAUGAAGACGACGACAUUGAAAACAGAAUGGUCAUGCCAAAGGACUCCAAAUACGACGACCAGUUGUGGCACGCGCUGGACCUGUCCAACCUGCAAAUCUUCAGCAUCAGCCCAAACAUCUUCAAGUAUGAUUUCCUCACAAGACUGUACUUGAACGGUAACGGCCUCACGGAACUGCCACCGGAGAUUAAGCGUUUGGACAACCUGCGUGUCUUGGACUUGUCCCAUAAUAGGUUGACCGCGCUACCAGCGGAACUGGGCUCCUGCUUCCAGUUGAAGUACCUGUAUUUCUUCGAUAACAUGGUCACCACGCUACCAUGGGAAUUCGGCAAUCUGUGCAACUUGCAGUUUCUCGGUGUAGAGGGCAAUCCCUUGGAGAGGCAGCUUUUGAAGAUCCUCACAGAAAAAUCUGUCACGGGACUGAUCUUCUACCUAAGAGACAACAGACCGGAGAUCACCUUACCUCACGAGCGCAGGUUCAUCGAGAUCAACACUGAUGGGGAACCACAAAGAGAAUAUGACUCCUUGCAACAAUCGACGGAACACUUGACCGCGGAUCUGGCCAAGAGAUCGUUCACCGUGCUAUCGUACAACACUCUGUGCCAACACUACGCCACUCCCAAAAUGUACCGUUACACGCCAUCAUGGGCAUUGAGUUGGGAUUACAGACGUAACAAGCUAAAGGAACAGAUUUUGUCAUACAGUAGUGACGUGUUGUGUUUACAAGAAGUCGAAUCCAAGACGUUUGAAGACUACUGGGUGCCCCUGUUAGAAAAACAUGGUUAUACCGGUAUUUUCCAUGCAAAGGCAAGAGCAAAGACCAUGCACUCCAAGGACUCCAAGAAAGUCGAUGGGUGUUGUAUUUUCUUUAAAAGAGACCAAUUCAAACUGGUCAACAAAGACUCCAUGGAUUUCAGCGGUGCUUGGAUGAAGCACAAGAAGUUUCAAAGAACAGAAGACUAUUUGAACCGCGCUAUGAACAAGGACAACGUCGCGCUGUUUUUGAAACUUCAGCACGUCUCCAGCGGCGAUACCAUUUGGGUGGUCACCACACAUUUACACUGGGAUCCCAAAUUCAACGACGUGAAGACGUUCCAAGUGGGUGUCUUACUAGACCAUCUAGAAACGUUGUUGAAAGAGGACACAACGCACAAUUCCAGACAGGACAUCAAGAAAUCCCCCGUGCUCAUUUGCGGUGACUUCAAUUCGUACAUCAACUCCGCCGUAUACGAAUUGAUAAGUACAGGCCGCGUUCAAGUACACCAAGAGGGCAGCAGCAGAGAUUUCGGCUACAUGUCAGAGAAAAACUUCUCGCACAAUUUGGCCCUAAAAUCAAGCUACAACUGUAUCGGAGAGCUGCCAUUCACCAAUUUCACACCUUCAUUCACAGACGUCAUUGACUACAUAUGGUUCUCCACGCACGCGCUAAGAGUGCGUGGGCUAUUGGGCGAAGUGGACCCUGAGUACGUGGAUAAGUUUAUCGGGUUCCCCAAUGACAAAUUCCCCAGUGACCAUAUACCAUUGCUAGCAAGGUUUGAGUUCAUGAAGACGAAUACAGGCAGCAGGAAAGUGUAA